AUGCUCAGCCAGUGCAUAACGACCUUCAAAAAACGAACAAAACGACUGGCUGCUGCCUUCUCUCAGCUUUUCUAUGAAAUACCUAAACGCAACAUGAACAAAAGCAGCAGCAGCAGCAGCAGCAGCAGCAGCAGUAGUGGUAGUAGCAGUAGCAGCAGCAGCAGCAGUAGUAGUGGUAGUAGUAGCAGCAGCAGCAGCAGCAGCAGUAGUGGUAGUAGGAGUAGCAGCAGCAGCAGUAGUAGUAGCAGCAGCAGCAGUAGCAGCAGCAACAAGGGGGAUUAA